CGAACAUUUUUUCCAAUGUUUUUAACAUUAUUAAUCAGCCUAAGUUUCCUAAUAACUUUGUUUGCUUUUGUCACUGGGCGCAGACGACAUCAUCGAUCAGAUCAUCAACAUCAUCUCAUUCCUGAGGAAAAUUGUACAAAAGAUUUAAGUUCAUCAUCGUCGGCAGGCCGCAUCAAAAAAGUUCAGUUCUCCAGUGAUAGCUUUAAGGUGGAAGACGACGAAAUUUGUGACAGCCUUAAUUGUAUAAAUCUUGGCGAACAACAACACCAACAUCUGGAAAAUAACCAUCAAUUGGAAAAUAAUUGUAACAAUAGUGCGUCCGCAAAUCUUAGACUUAUUUUGAAUAACAACAACAUCAAGAUGUCAAAUAAUGAGAGGCCUAGCUUCUUGGCUGGCCUGUUACAGAAAAUUUUUAUUGGCCAAAAUAGAGAGGUUGGCGAUGAACCUGAAGAAAUGACCAAUGGCCAUGAGGCUGGAGAAUCGAGUGAUGAGUUCCCACAAAAGCUUCAAAAUGAUAAUCGAUCGAGCAGUGAUUUGUCGGAAAAAAGAAAACGUCUGAGGCCGAGUAUGUCUCGGGGCACCGGACUCGGUCAGGAUCGAUUUCAGGAUCGUGAUUUUCACAUUGCCACACCCGAAGAGUUUGUCAAAAAGUUCGGUGGCACUCGGGUCAUCAAUCGCAUUCUUAUUGCCAACAAUGGCAUAGCAGCUGUCAAGUGUAUGCGUUCCGUGAGACGUUGGGCCUAUGAAAUGUUUAAAAAUGAACGUGCCAUACGGUUUGUUGUUAUGGUUACACCGGAAGAUCUAAAGGCCAAUGCAGAGUAUAUCAAAAUGGCUGAUCAUUACGUCCCUGUUCCGGGAGGUUCAAAUAACAACAAUUACGCCAAUGUUGAAUUGAUUGUUGACAUUGCUUUACGUACUCAAGUGCAGGCCGUUUGGGCAGGUUGGGGUCAUGCUUCGGAAAAUCCAAAGCUACCCGAAUUGUUGCAUAAAGAAAAUCUUGUCUUUUUGGGUCCCCCCGAGAGAGCAAUGUGGGCUUUGGGCGAUAAGGUGGCUUCUUCUAUUGUGGCCCAAACAGCAGACAUUCCAACCCUACCUUGGUCUGGUUCAGAGCUGAAGGCUCAUUAUAGCGGAAAGAAAAUUAAAAUUUCCAGCGAACUCUUCAAUCGAGGCUGUGUUAGCAAUGUGGAACAAGGCUUGGCAGCUGUUAAUAAAAUUGGCUUCCCAGUGAUGAUUAAGGCUUCUGAAGGAGGUGGCGGUAAAGGUAUCCGCCGUGUGGAUACUGCCGAAGAAUUUCCUGCCCUCUUCCGCCAAGUUCAAGCCGAAGUUCCUGGUUCUCCCAUAUUUGUUAUGAAGUUGGCUCGUGGUGCCCGCCAUUUGGAAGUUCAACUUUUGGCUGAUCAAUAUGGCAAUGCCAUAAGUCUUUUCGGUCGUGAUUGUUCCAUCCAACGUCGUCAUCAAAAAAUCAUUGAAGAAGCACCCGCCAUUGUGGCUCAUCCAGAGGUUUUCGAAGAUAUGGAAAAAGCUGCUGUGCGUUUAGCUAAAAUGGUGGGAUAUGUCAGCGCCGGUACAGUGGAGUAUCUCUACGAUUCUGAAGGAAGAUACUUCUUCUUGGAAUUGAAUCCUCGUCUACAGGUAGAGCAUCCUUGUACAGAAAUGGUGGCAGAUGUAAAUCUUCCCGCCUGUCAAUUGCAAAUUGGAAUGGGCAUACCUCUAUAUCGUUUGAAAGAUAUACGUUUGCUCUAUGGCGAAUCACCUUGGGGAACCUCCAUAAUUGAUUUCGAGAAUCCACCAAAUAAACCUCGCCCCUCCGGUCAUGUCAUUGCUGCCCGUAUUACAUCCGAAAAUCCCGAUGAAGGUUUUAAACCCAGUUCGGGUACGGUGCAGGAACUGAAUUUCCGUUCAAGCAAAAAUGUUUGGGGCUACUUCAGUGUGGCCGCCUCUGGUGGCCUUCACGAAUUUGCAGAUUCGCAAUUCGGUCAUUGUUUUUCGUGGGGUGAAAACCGUCAACAAGCUCGAGAAAAUCUGGUGAUUGCUCUUAAAGAGCUUUCGAUUCGUGGUGAUUUCCGUACAACGGUAGAAUAUUUGAUUACACUAUUGGAAACCAACAGCUUUUUGGACAACACCAUCGAUACAGCAUGGUUAGAUGCUCUUAUCGCUGAGCGAGUACAAUCGGAAAAACCCGACAUCUUGUUGGGAGUCAUGUGUGGUUCCCUACAUAUUGCCGAUAGACACAUUAGUGAUGCCUUCAACAGUUUCCAGACUUCAUUGGAGAAAGGUCAAAUUCAAGCAGCCAACACAUUGACCAAUGUCAUGGACGUUGAGCUUAUUAAUGGAGGACUUCGUUACAAGGUCCAGGCUGCCAAGAGUGGUUCCAAUACAUAUUUCCUUUUGAUGAACAAUUCAUUCAAGGAGCUGGAAGUACAUCGUCUUUCCGAUGGUGGUUUAUUGCUGUCCUUUGAUGGGGCUUCAUAUACCACCUACAUGAAGGAGGAAGUCGAUCGCUAUCGCAUUGUCAUUGGAAAUCAAACUUGUGUUUUCGAUAAAGAAAAUGAUCCCUCAUUACUACGCAGUCCUUCUGCUGGUAAGCUAGUAACUCUCUUGGUAGAAGAUGGAGCCCAUGUGAACAAGGGUCAAGCCUAUGCCGAAAUCGAGGUAAUGAAAAUGGUGAUGACCUUGACAUCUCAGGAGGCUGGUACAGUGUCGUUUGUCAGAAGACCCGGUGCGGUUUUGGAUGCCGGUUCCCUCUUAGGUCAUUUGGAGUUAGAUGAUCCCUCUUUGGUGACCAAAGCUCAGCCUUAUAAAGGACAGUUCCCGCAACCUGAAAAUCCUCCAGUUCCAGAGAAACUCAAUCGCGUACACAACACAUAUAAAACAAUUUUGGAAAACACUCUCUCUGGUUAUUGUUUGCCAGAGCCUUACAACGCCCAACGUUUGCGUGACGUUAUUGAGAAGUUUAUGCAGAGUUUGCGAGAUCCCUCACUGCCUCUUUUGGAAUUGCAAGAAGUUAUUGCCUCAAUCUCGGGCAGAAUUCCCAUAUCGGUGGAAAAGAAAAUUCGUAAGCUCAUGACCUUGUAUGAGCGCAAUAUAACCAGUGUUUUGGCUCAAUUCCCCUCGCAACAGAUUGCCAGUGUAAUCGAUUUCCAUGCAGCCACCUUGCAAAAGCGAGCGGAUCGUGAUCAUUUCUUCCUCACCACUCAAGGCAUCGUCCAAUUGGUUCAACGCUAUAGAAACGGUAUUCGUGGUCGUAUGAAGGCUGCUGUACAUGAGUUGUUGCGUCAAUACUACGAUGUGGAGUCCCAGUUCCAACAUGGUCACUACGACAAAUGUGUGGGCUUAGUGAGGGAACGAAACAAGGAUGAUAUGUUGACGGUGGUGAACACCAUUUUCUCACAUUCCCAAGUGGCAAAGAAGAAUCUUCUUGUUACCCUUUUGAUUGAUCAUUUAUGGUCCAAUGAGCCUGGUCUAACUGACGAAUUGGCCAACACUCUCAACGAGUUGACUUCCCUUAACCGUGCUGAACAUUCGCGUGUGGCACUACGUGCUCGCCAAGUUUUAAUUGCAGCCCAUCAACCUGCCUAUGAGCUGAGACACAAUCAAAUGGAAUCUAUAUUCCUUUCAGCCGUCGAUAUGUAUGGCCAUGAUUUCCAUCCAGAAAACUUGCAGCGUCUGAUUCUUUCCGAGACAUCUAUUUUCGACAUUUUGCAUGAUUUCUUCUACCACUCCAAUCGUGCUGUCUGCAAUGCUGCUUUGGAGGUUUAUGUGAGGAGAGCUUACACAUCAUACGAGUUGACAUGUUUGCAGCAUUUGGAGUUGUCUGCAGGCCUGCCUCUAGUUCAUUUCCAAUUCCUGCUGCCUUCGGCACAUCCCAAUCGUCUGUAUUCGCGUGUGUCGCACGAUGGUGGCGAAGGCGGUCCCGAGGCUGUUAGUACUUCCUUUGUACGCACAGGCUGUAUGUCGGCCUUCGAUUCGUUUGAACAUUUCGAAAUGUAUUCGGAUGAAAUUUUGGAUCUGCUUGAAGAUUUGGCUUCGCCAGCUUUGGUGAAUGCAAAGGUUCUAGAGGCUGUGGACGCCGUAGAUUCCCUAUCCGAUGGUCGUUUGAGCACUUCAAUUAAUGUGUCUCUAUCAGAUCCUGUAACUCGUGCCAAUGCUGCUGAGGAGGCCAAAUCGACGGAACCCAUACACAUUGUCAGUGUGGCUGUACGUGAAACUGGAGAUAUGGAUGAUGUACACAUGGCACAGAUUUUCGGAAAUUAUUGCAAAACACAUCGCGAAGAAUUGCUGCAGAGACGUGUUAGGCGCAUUACAUUUGCCGCCUUGAAGAAGCGCCAGUUCCCCAAGUUCUUUACUUUCCGUUCCCGCGAUAAUUUCGAGGAAGAUCGCAUCUAUCGUCAUUUGGAGCCAGCCUGCGCCUUCCAAUUGGAGUUGAAUCGCAUGAAAACCUAUGAUCUCGAGGCUUUGCCAACUGCUAAUCAAAAAAUGCAUUUAUAUUUGGGUAGAGCUAAAGUUUCCCAGGGCCAAGAAGUCACCGAUUAUCGUUUCUUCAUACGUUCCAUUAUACGCCAUUCCGAUUUGAUUACGAAGGAGGCAUCUUUUGAGUAUUUGCAAAAUGAGGGCGAGCGCGUGUUGUUGGAGGCCAUGGAUGAAUUGGAAGUAGCAUUCUCACAUCCUCAUGCGAAACGCACCGAUUGCAAUCAUAUUUUCUUGAAUUUUGUACCCACUGUUAUUAUGGAUCCGGCCAAGAUAGAAGAAUCUGUGACGAAAAUGAUAAUGCGCUAUGGUCCCAGAUUAUGGAAGUUGCGUGUUUUGCAAGCCGAAUUAAAGAUGUUGAUCCGUCAAUCACCUCAGGCACCAACUCAGGCAGUACGCUUAUGCAUAGCCAAUGACUCGGGCUAUUUCUUGGACAUUUCCAUGUAUACAGAACAAACUGAUCCCGUAACCGGUAUAAUUAAAUUCAAAGCCUAUGGCGAGAAGCUGGGUUCCCUCCACGGCUUGCCCAUUUCAACGCCUUACAUGACCAAAGAUUUUCUGCAACAAAAACGCUUUCAAGCUCAAAGUAAUGGCACCACCUAUGUCUACGACAUUCCCGAUAUGUUCCGUCAAAUGACUGAGCGUCAUUGGAAAGAAUUCUCCAAGGCACGCCCUACAGUUGAUAUUCGUAUACCUGAAAAGAUUUUAAUUGAAUGUGUGGAGUUGGUGUUGGAGGGAGAUAAUAUGGUGGAAAUGAAACGUUUACCGGGAGAGAAUACCUGUGGCAUGGUGGCUUGGCGUAUCGUUUUAGCCACUCCUGAAUAUCCAGAGGGACGAGAAAUGAUUGUCAUCGCCAACGACUUGACUUAUUUGAUUGGCUCAUUUGGCAUCCAAGAAGACGUAGUCUUCCACAAGGCCUCACAAUUGGCAAGAGAACGAAAAGUUCCUAGGAUUUACAUUUCUGUGAACAGUGGAGCACGUAUUGGUUUGGCCGAAGAAGUGAAAUCUAUGUUCCGCGUAGCUUGGGAAGACCCUGAAGAACCAGAUAAGGGUUUCAAAUACCUGUAUUUGACCACUGAGGACUACAGCAAGGUGGCACACUUAAAUUCCGUGCGGGCCAUUCUCAUUGAAGACGAAGGAGAGCCCAGAUACAAAAUCACAGAUAUCAUUGGCAAAGACGAUGGUUUGGGAGUUGAAAAUUUACGCUAUGCUGGUUUGAUUGCCGGCGAAACAUCACAGGCUUACGAUGAAAUUGUCACCAUUUCCAUGGUAACAUGCCGUACAAUUGGCAUUGGCUCAUACUUGGUGCGUUUGGGCCAACGUGUUAUACAAAUCGAUAAUUCCCACAUUAUUCUAACGGGUUAUGCCGCUUUGAAUAAACUGUUGGGUCGUAAAGUGUACGCUUCCAAUAACCAAUUGGGUGGUGUUCAGAUCAUGUACAACAAUGGUGUUUCACAUAAAACCGAAAGUUUAGACUUGGACGGUGUUUACACCAUUUUGGAUUGGUUAUCCUACAUGCCCGCCUAUACUGGCUGUGAUUUGCCUAUUGUCAUACCCAAUGAUCGCAUUACAAGGCCUGUUGAUUUUAUGCCCACCAAAUCGCCCUACGAUCCGCGUUGCAUGUUAGCAGGCAGAGUUAAUCCUGCUAACUCUAACGAAUGGGAAAAUGGUUUCUUCGAUCGCGAUUCUUGGAGUGAAAUCAUGGCACCCUGGGCCAAGACUGUUGUUACAGGUCGUGCUCGUUUGGGAGGCAUUCCAGUCGGUGUAAUUGCUGUUGAAACUCGAACGGUGGAGGUGGAAAUGCCUGCUGAUCCUGCCAAUUUAGACUCCGAAGCCAAGACACUGCAACAAGCCGGUCAAGUUUGGUAUCCCGAUUCUUCGUACAAAACAGCUCAAGCAAUUAAAGAUUUUGGUCGUGAAGAAUUGCCUCUUAUCAUCUUUGCCAACUGGCGUGGCUUUUCGGGUGGCAUGAAGGAUAUGUAUGAGCAAAUUGUUAAAUUUGGUGCUUACAUUGUCGAUGGUCUGCGGGAAUACAAAAAGCCAGUGCUCAUCUAUUUACCCCCCAAUGCCGAAUUGCGUGGCGGUGCCUGGGCUGUACUGGACUCUUUGAUUAAUCCACGUUACAUGGAAUCGUAUGCUGAUCCAGAGGCCAGAGCUGGUGUUUUGGAACCUGAGGGUAUAGUUGAAAUUAAGUACAAAGAAAAGGAUCUAGUCAAAACAAUACAUCGAUUAGAUGCCACUACAAUAGGAUUGAAGAAACAAAUGGAUGAGGCUGUAGCUGCCGGUGAUAAGGCUUUGGCCAGCCAAUUUGAUGAGAAAAUCAAACAACGUUUGGAGAUCAUGAUCCAUGUCUAUCAUACGGUAGCUGUGCAUUUUGCUGAUUUACAUGACACUCCUGAAAGAAUGUUGGAGAAGGGUUGUAUUAAUGAGAUUGUUCCAUGGCGUGAGUCACGUGGCUGGUUAUACUGGCGAUUGAGACGUCUCCUACUCGAAGAUAGCUUUAUUAAGAAAAUAAUUCAAGCCCAGGAAGGUCUGUCUGUGGGCCAGGCUAAGCAAAUGCUGAGGCGUUGGUUGGUCGAAGACAAAGGAACCGCAGAGUCCUACAUCUGGGAUAAAAACGAAGAAAUGGUUCAAUGGUAUUUGGAACAAACGAACCCGGAAUCAAUUGUCAUGGGCAAUAUAAACGCUGUGCGUAAAGAUGCCAUUAUUUCCACCAUUACAGAAAUGCUAGAGGAUUGCCCCGACGUUACAUUAGACGCAGUUGUGGCUCUAUGUCAAAAUCUUACACCCGUCAAUCGUGGUAUCGUAGUGCGCACUUUGGCACAAUUGCAGCUUAAUGAACAACCCGCAUCUAGUGGUAGUCAAGGAUGAUAUAGCCAUUCUACGGCCACAACCACAAAUCCGUCACCUCCGAAUUUUUCCUACCAUUUUACAAAAUACUAAUACCAUAGAUUUUCUUAUAGCGAACACAAAGGAAACACUUCACCGCCAUAAUUACGCCAGCAUGACGACAACAUUCAUUAUUAAACCAAAACUUUUCCUAGCAUAGACCCAACACAAUACAACAACACUCCAAUCUCUAGCUACCACAGACACCACCCACUCUCUCUAUCUCUCACUACUCAUUGACUAUGUUUUAUAGUAUAUUGUGUUAAUAUUGAAUAAGAUUAGCUAAUUUACUGAACAAACAAAUCAUUUAUCGAAUAAUUAAGAAAGACAUUUUUCAUUUGCAUUUGUUAUAUAAUUUUUUUUUAUUAUGUUGCAUGUCUACUGAAUUUGAAAAAAAAAAAUUGAAAUGCUUUAUGAAAACUAGAACAAGGGAAAAUUAAAAAAAAAUAAGAAGACAAAGCAGUAAAGGAACCUAAGCGGUUCGGUGUUGGUUCAAAACCUCGAAAUUUCUCUAUAUAACGCACAUUUUCUUUAUUUUGUAACUAUUGUUUAGCUAACAACAAAAAUAGAGAUAUGCAAGCUGUGUCUUCAUUAUCACGAUGAUAUUCUUCUUUGAACGAAUCUUUUUUGAACGAUUUAUUGUACAAUGAGUAAUAUUAUGAGUAUGAAAUACUUUCCAUUAGUUUAUACAUAAAUAUAAAGAACAAAACGAAAAGGCCCAUUCACAUGUUAUUAACUACCUACUUUAGAUAAGCUGUAAAGAAUAAUAUAAACAAACAAAAAAAUAAUAACUAUUUAAGUCAUAUUUUCAGGUAAAAUAUAAAUAUGAAGAUUAUAGAAGCUGUAUUAUAAAAAAAAACCAA